AUGACGCGUACCAGACAAACGAAAAGAAGUUCCAAAAGGGUUAAAAGAGAUAAUCAAAAUAGUAGUUUGAACAAAGUACGGCCUGAUAAUGAUAGUGAAGAAGGAAUUUAUACAGUUGAAAAAAUAUUAGCACAUAGAUUAUCAACAAAUGGACAUCUUCAAUACAAAGUAAAAUGGGCUGGCUAUGAUGAAAGUGAAUCGUGUUGGGUAAACGCUACUGAUGUAUUUGCACCGUAUUUUGUUACCCGUUAUUGGAAUGACCAAAAAAUGAAAUCAUCUGCACAAUCGUCCAAACAAAGCGUUAAAAAUAAUCAAUCAAAUAAAGAAAUUAAUUCAGAUAUCAAGAAUACCCAAGAUCAAGCUCAAAUUAAUUCUAAACAGCCAAGCUUGAAGAAAAAUAAAACGAAAACUAAUAAUCAAGUUAAUAGCUCUUAUGAUAACACAACUCCCAUGAGUUUGAGUAAGGUUGAUAAAAUAAGAAAUGUAAAUUUAAAUAGUGACAUCUUUUCAGACAACAGUAAUGCUAACGGAGCAUUUAGUGAUAAUGAGACUGUUGAUAUUACGGAUGAAAACAAUCUCAUGAACACAAAUAGUAUCUCUUCAAAAAGUGAUAACCUCAAUAUUGAGGUUGAGACUAUUGAAACCACUAGUUUUAAUAAGAAAGUGAAAACAGAUAAAGAUACUACAAAAGUUAAUGAAACAAUAAUCGAAGAUGACAAUUCGUACAUUAUUGUUUCCGAAGAUGAUCCACUGAAUUUUGUAGAGGUUGUUCUUGAUGUGAAACCUAUUGACGCACACUUUGAGAAAGAUAUUACACAAGAACCACAAUGUAAUCAUGAACAAAUUAAUUUCCGAGCAGAAAAGAAUUGGGAGAAUUAUGCGACAGUUAUUGAUAUCAAAAUUGACCCUGGUAGUGGGGAUCUCAUGUGUGUUUUGAAAUGGGUUGAUGGAAUCAAAACACUUCAUCAUUGCGACAAAGUUCAUCAACGGUGUCCUCAAAAAUUGCUCAAAUUUUAUGAGGCAAAUCUUCGAAUCAACCAAAUAAAUGAACAACAUUAG